AUGUCUUAUAUUCUAAACUGUUUCGUGUUAGGCGAGGAUCCUUUCGAAAAAAUUUUUCAGUUUUUUCUCGAUACUAAUAAAAUUCAGACUAUAGGGUUGCUUAAGGAUGCUAUCAUAACGAGUCAGAAGCUUAACGUUGCAACCAAAGAAGUCAAGUUAUGGAAGGUCGAUUUUCCCCUUACCGGUGUCAAUGAGGAAGAAAAACUAGAUAUCAUUAAUAAAUGUACAAAUGUUAAUGUUAAUAUUGGAAACGAACUUGAUGGUGUAGAACUGCCAACACUUUCGAUGUCUAGCAAUGAAUUUACCGAACAGCAGAAUCUACAACAUGCACAUAUUAUUGUACAACUUUCUGCCG